AUGAUUUCUCAACUCGUCAACGACAAGCCAAUCUUCAAUUCGAGGUUCAUCUUCCAGCCAGUCGCCAUGGGUCGUGUCAUCCGCAACCAGAGGAAGGGCCGUGGCUCCAUUUUCACGGCCAACACCCGCCUGAACAAGGCCCCUGCCCAGUUCCGGACUCUCGACUAUGCUGAGGCUCACGGCUACACCCGCGGUGUCGUCAAGGAGAUCAUCCACGAUUCCGGCCGUGGUGCUCCCCUCGCCAAGGUCCAGUUCCGCCACCCCUACAAGUUCAAGAUGAUCACCGAGACCUUCAUCGCCAACGAGGGCAUGUACACCGGCCAGUUCAUCUACGCCGGUAAGAACGCCGCUCUGACCGUCGGCAACAUUCUUCCCCUCGCCUCUAUGCCCGAGGGUACCGUCAUCUCCAACGUUGAGGAGAAGGUCGGUGACCGUGGUGCGCUCGGCCGUACCUCCGGUAACUACGUUACCGUUAUUGGCCACAACCCCGAGGAUGGCAAGACCCGUGUCAAGCUCCCCUCCGGUGCCAAGAAGGUCAUUAAGAACUCUGCUCGCGGUAUGGUCGGUAUCGUUGCCGGAGGUGGCCGUACCGACAAGCCUUUGCUCAAGGCUGGCCGUGCUCACCACAAGGCUCACGCCAAGAGGAACAACUUCCCAACCACACGUGGUGUUGCUAUGAACCCCGUUGAUCACCCCCACGGUGGUGGUAACCACCAGCACAUUGGUAAGGCCUCGACCAUCUCCCGCUACGCCACCCAGGGUCAAAAGGCCGGUCUCAUUGCCGCCCGCAGAACCGGUCUGCUCCGCGGUACCCAGAAGACCAAGGAUUAA